CAACAACGACAACGCACAUGUUUGCAUCAUUUUCUACUGGUCCUAACUGUCACAGAUUUUUUGUUCUUCAUUCUCAAAGUGAAAUGCGAUUUGCGGUAUUGACAUAGCGAAAGAGGAUCUAGUUUAAAACAAGAAAACAGCAUGGAAUUUCAACCCAUUAUAAUGGCUGCUGGCCGUGGAUCCCGGAUGACAGAUCUGACAACAAAGUGCCCAAAGGCCCUUCUUCCUGUUGGAAAUCGUCCAGUUAUCUGUUAUCCUAUCAGUAUGUUGGAAAGGGCUGGGUUUGAAGAGGCUCUUAUCAUUGUACUAGAAUCUCAGCUGGCAGAGAUUCAGAGAGCAGUUUCUGAUGCAGGAGACCUAAGACUUCGGUUAGAGUAUGUCCCAAUCCCAGACAACAGUAACUGGGGCACCGCAGACUCACUUCGUCAUAUUAGAGAGAAAGUAAAAACUGACUUGCUUGUUCUGAGCUGUGACCUUAUAACCAACCUCCCCCUUCAUACUUUGGCUGAUGUUCACCGGACAUAUGAUGCAACUGUCACAACUUUACUAUCAACAGUCCCUCAACAAUUUGCUGAUAUUCCAGCUCCAGGAGUCAAAACAAAGAGGAAAACAGAAGAGAGAGAUUUCUUUGGAUUGGAAGGGAAAGAGAACCGGAUGUUAUUUCUGUCGUGUGAAGCAGAUUUAGAUGAAAUAAUCAAGUUUAGAAGAACAAUGCUCAAAAGGCAUCCUCACUUUUGUGUCAAGUCAAAUUUGGUGGAUUGCCAUAUGUAUAUGAUGAAGCGUUGGGUGCUGGAUUACCUUGAGGAACAAAAGAACAUUUCCACAGUGAAAGGAGAACUUAUUCCUCAUCUUGUGAAAAAGCAGUUUUCAAAGGCUCAAAUGUCAUUAGACCAGGAUCCAACUUCAGUUAACCAGUCAGUGUUUUCUCCUGACAAAACAAUAAGAACAGGUAAAUUCAAAGACAUAUACAGUUUUAUUAAAGAAGAUGACAUGGAAAAGCUAGCCAAGGAGUUCUCCCCUUGGAUUGACCAUAGUGGAGAUAUGGCUGACUGCUAUCACGGAGACAAGAUUCGGUGCUAUGCAUAUAUCCAAGAUGGUGGAUUUUGUGUGAGGGCAAAUACCUUGGGAACGUAUUGUGAGGCAAACAGACAGAUCUCUCGCCAAUUGCCGACUUUGUUUCCUACAAAAGACAUUAGUUUGAUUCACCCGUCUGUUGUAACCAAAGAAAAAUCUCAGAUUGGAAGUGACAGUGUUGUUGGAGAAGGAGUCAGUGUAGGGGAAAAAGUUUCAAUCAAGCGAUCCGUGAUUGGGCGACAUUGCUCUAUUGGGGACAGAGUGAAGGUAACAAACUCGGUCAUUAUGGGUCACGUGACUGUGAAAGAAGGUUCGGUGAUUACUGGUUGUGUUAUUGGAGCAAAUUCACAUAUAAAUGAGAGAUGUGAACUUAAGGACUGUGUGCUAGAUAACGGGCAAACAAUUAUGGCAAUGGGGAAGUUCACAAAUGAGGCAAUUGUUGACCUGGAUAAAAUGAUGGAGAUUUGAUUACAAAAAAAAACCUUAUUCAAAACUGGAAAAGUUUUAUCAACUGAGGAUUGCAUAAUGACUUAGUCCUUAAUGAUCUGCAAAUGUGGACAAUUUAUCAACUUUACAUAUAUAAAACUAACUUAUAAAUUUUUCUGUAAUGCAUUUGUCAGUAAACAGUAAAAGCAAAUGUGAAGUAAUUCUGAAGGAGCAGACAAUAAAUUAUGUUACAAUCCACUUCAAUUCUUACACUGGCAUGUUUUUACCACUGUCAUUUUUUACUUAUUACUUUGUGGAAAUAGUGUAUUUUACCAACAUUAAGUUGGAAAACAAAAUUUAGAAAAAUUCUAAGCCUGGUCCAUUAUAUUUCUUUUUUUGCUCUGGUUGUAAUGGCAUAGAUAUGCUUUGUGUCAACAAACAUAAGGUGCAUUAAUGUUGGUGUUGAUUUACAGGUUCAUUAGUGCUGAACGGAAAAGGUGCAACAUGCAGGUGUCCUUAAUGAGGAACAUCUGAAGUUAACACGUGUGAAAAGCACCACGUGUGAACAUUUGCUUCUGCAAAUGAGGAUGGCGUUAGGAAAAAAAAAACACAUAACAACUUAGUCAAGUCAAUCAAAAAAUCUCAGAAUCAAACUGUUAGGCGAUUUUACCUUAGGCAUUAGGUGAGGUGGAGAAUAUGUUUUGAUUUUUCAGAUUGUCAUUUAAAAUAAAUUGAGAAAUUCUUACAUUUCAGAAAUACCAUAGUUUCCUCGCAUACCUGUGUUGUAUUUAUAUUUUAAAACAGCAUUCAUAUUAUAUAAACACCAUUAUUUCCAUGUGAUCGUGUGAUAUUAUGUUGUGACUGUUUUACUUUAAAACAUAUAGAAGAUCCAUUGGUUGAUGUUCUCAUUAACACGCGGCCGUACGUGGGACGGUCUUCUAACAACCUGCGGAGGGUC